GGAGAAGGAAAACGGUCAUAAGCAGUAAUGGUUACAGGGCUUCGCCGAACAAACUGGGGAUUGACAGACAAACCCACCACGACUGUUUAAAAGUAGAUUUUUUUUUUUCAACGCAGCGUUUUGUUGCUUUUAACGGAUAUAUAUAUAUUUUUUGAUCGAAUACGUUCUCGUGAGGACAUCAACCUGUUGCAUCCUUUCCGACAGUCUCGCGGCAGCAGUCAACUUUAAGAUGUUCUAUUGUGGAUGCGAUGACGUUCCGUUUCGUCUGUUGUUUGCGCUUCUGUAGGAUAGUCGGACUGCGAACAUUUUUCCUUCAAGCUCUUUAGUGUCAUAGGUUGCUCGGGACGAUGCAUGUCUCUCUGGCUGAAGCUCUGGAGGUACGAGGAGGUCCCCUUCAGGAGGAGGAGGUCUGGGCUGUCCUCAGUCAGAGUGCCGAGAGCCUCCAGGAGCUAUUCAGAAGAGACCCCUCUGCCCUGGGCUUCAUCAUCUCUCCCUGGUCCCUGUUGUUGAUGCCCUCAGGCAGCAUCUCCUUCACAGACGAGAACGUGACGCAGCAGGACCUGAGGGCCUUCACUGCUCCAGAGGUCCUGGAGGGAGUCACUCUCUCAUCUCUGUCAGAUAUAGAGAAGAUGCACAUGUAUUCCCUUGGAAUGACCUUGUUUUGGGGAGCUGACUAUGAGGUUCCACAGAGUCAGCCGAUGAAGCUGGGUGAGCACCUGAACAGUAUUCUCCUCAACAUGUGUGACGACACCACCCUGAGCCGUAUGUCUGUUCUCACCGUAAUGGACGCCUGCAGCACACACAUCAGAAAUUCUAGCUGCGAACCCUCCUUCACACACAUCAGAAAGCUGGUCCGGCUGGUGCUGGGCAGCCUCUCCCAGUUGGAUGGCCUGCUGUCCCAGAGUGAUAGGGAGUCUAUUCCAGAGAGGAGCAAGGAGAUUCGGGAGAGGCUUCGGGGCAAAGGCCUUCCCUCAGGGAGGAGUGCAGCCCCGAGGGUACUGGAGCGUUACAAGGCUCGUAGUCAGGAGCAGGCAUCUCUGAACCGUGGCCUGAGUCGCUCCAUGGGUUCCCUCCCCAUCCAGGACCUCCUGAGAGGUGAGGGGGCCCUGCCUGGUCCCUACCCGCCAUCGGACUACCAUCCUGGGUCAGAGUCCUCCGCAGACCUCGAGCCCCAGCAGAGAGGCAGGCCGGUAGAGCUGGACAGGAGGUCCCUGCCCUAUAGAGGAGACUCAACAGCCCAACACAAGAAGAACUGGGCGUCUUCUGUAGACCUGGCCCACAUAGACCCGGAUAUGCUCCGCUUUGGAGCCCUAGAGGAUGCCAGGCGGGGUAGCAGUGCCCUCAGUACCCGCUCAGGGGGAAGGCAUAAGUCAGCCUCCCGGGUGUACCGGGAUCGAGACAGGGAGAACCGCUACUCAGACUUUGGGGGAUUGGAGUCACCCAGGACGAAGGCCCACCACCACUCACCCCUGUCGGUCAGCUCAGCUGUGACCUCAGCCUAUGACCGCAUCAAGGAGAAGCAGAGGAAGCUGCAGGUGCUCCGCCAGGCCAUGGAUGAUCCUCUCCACUCCCAUCGGAGGUACCACAGUGACUACAGCUCGUCCAGCGAGAGCCCCUCUGUAGCAUCCUCCGACACCGACUACAGACAAGUUAAGAAACCAGAGGAAGUGAGACGUUACAGCUCCCAGUUGGCUCUCUCAGACCAUCACGGCAUGUCUCACACCAGACACAGGCGAUAUGAGGGUGCAGCCGACGAGGGUCUGAUGCUCCAGAGACGUGAGGAAGAGGUUCAGAGGCUCCAGGCUCACCUGGCUAAAAGGCUGUCCAGGGCCUCCCUAUACCCAGGGGACGACCACCGAGUCAGCCUCUACACCGGGGAUGAGCCCUUGGCACGCACCUCCAUGCUGGACCUCCGGGACCCUCUCAAUGCAACGCUACCACACCACCGCAAACCUAAGAAUUUCUUUGGUCCUGAAUUUGUGAAGAUGACCAGCGAGCCAUGUGUUGCCUUGACGGUUCCCUCGUCAAUAAUGAACAAGCGUGGGAAGCUGGAUGAGGUCCAGAGGAAGGUGGGGGUGGUUCUGCUGACCGGCCAGAAGCUGGAGCUGAGCUGUGACAUCAAGGCUGUGUGUAAGGAUGUGUUGGACAUGGUAGUGGCUCACAUUGGACUGGUGGAGCACCACCUCUUCGGCCUGGCCUGCCUCACAGACAAUGAGUUCUUCUUCAUUGAUCCCGAUGCAAAGCUGUCCAAAGUUGCUCCUGAGGGGUGGAAGGAAGAACCCAAGAAGAAGAAACCAGACAUCCAGUUUAACCUAUUCCUACGCAUCAAGUUCUUUGUGGAUGAUGUCAACCUCAUACAACACACCAUGACAAAACACCAGUACUACUUGCAGCUGAGGAAGGAUAUCUUGGAGGAGAGGGUGUGCUGUGACAUGGAGAAUGCCAUGCUCCUGGCGUCCCUGGCUCUUCAGGCAGAGUUUGGUGACUACCAGGCAGAGCUCCAUGGAAAGACGUACUUCAGAAUGGAACAUUACAUGUCUGCCUCUGUGCUGGAUAAUAUUGACCAGAGCUCCAUCAAGGAAGAACUGCUUAAACUACACAGCACAUACUAUGGAGCCACAGAGGCAGAGACAGAGUUUGAGUUUCUCAAGGCUAGCCAGAGGCUGACAGAGUACGGGGUUCACUUCCACCGUGUCCUCCCUGAGAAGCGGUCCCAGACAGGUAUCAUGCUAGGGGUCUUCUCCAAGGGUGUCCUCAUCUUUGAGGUCCUGAAUGGAAACAGAACCCCAGUACUAAGGUUCCCCUGGAGAGAAACCAAGAAGAUUUCUUUCACAAAGAAGAAGAUCUGUCUUCAGAACACGUCAGACGGGAUUAAACACCUGUUCCAGACAGACAGCAACAAGACCUGUCAGUACCUGCUGUGCCUUUGCUCUGCUCAGCACAAGUUCCACCUCCAGACGAAGGCCCGACAGAACAACCAGGAGCUGCAGGACUUAGAGAACUCUCCACUGAACCUCCUGCAGUAUUCUCUGGGCCAGGGGGGGGUGGAGGGGAUGGGGAGGGCCGUGAGCUCUGCCAGCCUGACCCCUAGCUCCUCAGCCCGCUCCGCGCACUCAGACUCAGACCUGAAGAGGAUUUCCUACUCAGAGGUGGCCCUGAACAAGGCUCCUGGCGGCCGGCUCCAUGCCCAGGAAGAGGUGCUCUUCCCUGGGUUCAACUCCGGCCUCGGCCCCCACCACCACCACCCUUCCAAUGCCCGGCUAAUGAUGAGCAGAUCACACCACAACCUGGGCCAGGUGCCUGAAUCUCCAGAGCACCGUGCAGUCUCCUUCAACAGCCAGUCUCAGUCUGCUGUGAACCAUGCCCAGCUCCUGGACUGCCACCACCGAGCCAGCUCAGACACAGACUCCAUCUCUGUAGCUUACCAGCAGGAUAGAAGGUUUGGCUCCUCAGCAUCGCACGGCAGCACCGCCUGGAGUCUUAAGAGCUUCCAGAAAGAGUCUGACUCCUCCUCCGUGGAAGAGACGGGACAUGCUGAUGUCGUAGAUUCCCUGAAGACGAAGCUGAAUGCCUUGUCUUCCCCAGAGAGAGAGAUUACCACGGUCAAUCUGAAGAAAGAUGUGAAGUCUGGGCUGGGGUUUCAGAUAGUAGGGGGGCAGAACUCUGGUCAUGUUGAUCUUGGCACCUUCAUCAGCUCCAUAACUCCUGGGGGUCCUGCUGAUGUCAACGGCUGCCUCAAGCCAGGGGACCGUCUAAUCUCUGUGAAUGAGGUGAACCUAGAGGGCCUUCUCCACACUGCUGCCACCGAGGUCCUGCAGAGCGCCCCCGAUGAUGUCACGCUGGUGGUGUCUCAACCCAGAGAGAGGCUUUAUGAAGAGCCUCCGUCAGGGUUUGUUUAUAAACCACAGGCUCCUCUGGCGGUCUCCGGACAGCGACAACAGGACCUGGACUUUGAGUCUUCAAUUGAGGAACAGGACGCAGGAACAGGCUCCCCCAGCCCUCCUCUCCCCACCACCACCACCCUCCCGUCUGUCUCCACUGUCCCACACCAGAGCAGCCUCCGCUCACAGGACUCCAGGACCGAGAGCACCAAUGCACCCCUCCAGACCCCCGUCAACGGCACCCACCCCCAUCGCACCCUGCCCACUGAAGCUGCCUCAGUACCCGUAUCCAUACUCCAUCACCAGGAUCGAAGCAACAACAUCGCCUUGACCUUCGACCCACUCAAAGCGUCUCCACCGGCGUUGCCACCCAAAACCAGGAAAGCUAAGAUCCCUGAGGUCCCUAAAGACCCAGACUAUUCAGAUAGAGGGGACUCUGAAAUGGAUGAGGAGACGUACUCUAGUAGUCAAGAGAAACCUAAGUUUAAAAAGGAGUUAACUCCUCCUCUCCCCAACGGCAGCAUGGGAGGGUUAAGUGGCAAUGUCCCAGGGGUCAGUAGUCUCUCUCCUGGAGAUCUGUUUGACGUUGAGCUAUCUAAAAAGGACAGCAGCUUGGGCAUAAGUGUCACGGGUGGAGUGAAUACCAGUGUGAAGCAUGGAGGGGUUUAUGUGAAGGCCAUCAUCCCUAAAGGAGCUGCAGAACUGGACGGAAGGAUCCAGAAGGGUGACAGGGUGGUGGCUGUCAAUGGGAAGAGUCUGGAAGGAGCCACUCACAAGCAGGCUGUGGAGACCCUAAGAGAUACUGGGAAGAUGGUCCACUUGUUGUUAGAGAAGGGUCAGCUCCCUGCGAACCGUAUCCACGCCCCUCUGACGCCUCAGUGCACCCCUCCCAGCGACCAACAACAACCGGCGCCAGAGGCUGCUCCGCCUAAAGCCCAGCCAGAGUACAGCUUCAUCACUGAUAACAAUGUAUUUGAGGUGCCCUUGCUGAAGAAUUCGUCAGGCCUAGGGUUCAGCUUCAGUAGAGAGGAGACCCUCCCUGACCAGAGCACUGGUAACGGCCCUGGUAACAGCUCCAGCAUGGUCCGGGUCAAGAAGCUUUUCCCUGGGCAACCUGCCGCUGAGAGUGGACGAAUCAACGUGGGUGACGUCAUCCUCCGUGUCAACCAGACGCCCCUCAAAGGACUCUCACAGCACGAGGUGAUCUCAGCGCUGCGAGGGACCGGUCAGGAGGUCACUCUGCUGCUCUGUAGACCUGACCAGGGUGUCUUACCUGAGAUGGACGCCUCUGCUCUGACUCCCAUGGCGUCUCCUCGUAAGGAACCAGUAGUCCAGACCCAGCAGCCUGAAUCCAGCCUGGCCAGGCCCAGAACAGCUUCUCCUGUGGGGUCUGAGGGGAAGAGGAGCCUGGGUCUGGGGCCUGGGCAAAUGGAGGAAGCUCUGGACAGGCUGCUCAUGAAGUCCCCCAGCCGUCGGGACAGCUACAGCGACACCACGGAUGAUGAGGAGGUGGAGGAGGCCUUCAGCCCAUCUCAGGAGCAGGGCCGACAAGCCUGGGAUCGUAGUAUCUACCAGAACCCCAGCAGUAACCUCACUCUGGGGAGACUCCACCAGUAUGAGACCCCCUGUGAGCUGGAUGACACCAUCCGUUCUGCCUACUACUCUUCCAACCUGUCACUGCCCAACCUCAGCAGAGGGUGUCACUCCUCUUCCCCUCGGGUCCCUGACCUGAUCACCACCCCUCAACCUAUGGUAUUAUCUCCAGAAGCCCCCAGUCCCGACCCCCUGCCUCUCCCUCGACCACCACACUUCAACCACACCCUGACGGACAACAGACAAGACAUGGACGAGUUUGUGCCGGACGUGGAGCUGAAAGUGUCCCUUGUGAAGUCUGAGAAAGGAAGCCUGGGGUUUACUCUGACCAAAGGGAACGACCUGGGCUGUUACAUCCAUGACAUCAUCCAGGACCCUGCCAAGGGAGACGGCAGGCUGCGGCCCGGGGAUCGCAUGAUCAUGGUGAACAACAAAGAUGUGUCCAACAUGGGUCACACUGAGGUGGUGAACCUGGUGAGAGCGGCCCCCAGGGUGGUCGAUCUAGUGGUAGGAAGGGUUAUAGAGGCUCCUAAACCCCCUAUAGAGGCACACCUACUGCCGGACAUCUCCUUCCAGUGCCCUGACCAAACAUUAGGUCUAGUAUUGGACGGGGGCAGUGACAGUGUGUACGGGGUGUUGUUCAUAAAGGAGGUACUGCCUGGCUCGGCGGCGCUGCUGGACGGGAGUCUGAGGCCCUUGGACCUGGUCCACUAUAUUAACGGAGCUCCAACUCUGGACCUGACCCUCAAUGAGAGCUGCAGGUUGCUGGAGAUCUCCCUCAGGGAGCUCACUAUCAAAGCUACAAGGGAUGGGAAACCAGUGUCUCCAGGACAGAAGAGUAUUUCAUUUCUCAACAACAACAUCAGCCCUGAAGUCUCCACCAGCCUCAACGAUUAUGUCUAUGGGGCUGAUCACAGAGAAACAGAGGCCUUCUCUGCACUAUGUCCUCCAGAGGAGGAGAUCAUUCAGUUGGACCUGGACAAGCCUGCAGCAGGAGGCCUAGGCUUCUCUGUUAUCGGAGGAGAGAGGGGCAUCUUUGUCAAGUCCAUCACCCCUGGUGGCAUAGCAGAUCGUACAGGACGGCUGCAAGUGGGGGAUAGACUGCUCAAAGUGAACGAGGAGCUGAUGACUAGUGUGUCUCACACUAAAGCUGUCACCACUAUCCGAAAGGUCAAAGGACUGGUCCACCUCAUAGUGUCCAGACCGCCUGACCAAAACCCCAACACCUACCUGGCCUACCUCCCCAUCAACUCUGACAAGUGCAACGGCAACAGUCACGACAUUGGGGUGAAGACUAAACCGUCUAGUCCACCUGGUGAGAACAGUAGCCCUCCUGACAUACCGCCAAUAGACUAUGAUGCAGGUUCAAUGGAACGGAGGACGAGAGAGGGUGAGGUGGAGAACACUGAGCUGUCUGAAGACACAGACCGUGACGGUUCCUCUCUACCAGAGGACUCUCCUGAGACCUCCCGGAAAGCCGACUGGAAAGAGGAAAGUGUAGAUGACCCACUGAAUGAAAGCUACCUGCAGAUGACAUCAGAGCUUCCAGAAGAGGAUGAGAUUACCUGGGGGAGUGACGAGCUGCCUAUAGAGAACAUCAACUCCAAAUUCACUGACGAUAAGCCCAUCAUUACAGAGGAUGAGCUGACCUCUCUGCCCCUGGUGAAGGUGGUCCCUGAUGGACAAUACACUGGGUCCAAACUCAACACUGUGGUGCGUAUGCUGAGGGGUCUGCUCGAACAGAAGAUCCCUUUGCAGGAGUUUGAGAAUCUGCAGAAUCUACAGCCGCUGGACGACUGUCUAAUUGGUCAGACGAAGGAAAACAAGAAGAAGAAUCGUUAUAAGAACAUUGUCCCUUUCGAUACCACCAGAGUGAUCCUGGGUAAAAAUGGUGGCUACAUUAAUGCCAACUUUAUCAACAUGCCAGUGAAAGAUGAGAACUUCAUGUUCAUUGCUUGUCAAGGACCCCUACCCACCACUCUGGGUGACUUCUGGCAGAUGAUCUGGGAGCAGAAAUCCAAUGUCAUUGCUAUGAUGACCCAGGAAGUGGAAGGGGGAAAGGUCAAAUGUCAACGGUACUGGCCUGACACCCCGCGAACGGCUGAGAUGGUGGAUGAGAGGCUGCAGAUCACCCUGGUCAAAGAUCAGCACCUUGACAACUUUGUUAUCCGUCUCAUUGAGGUCAAAGAUAUCCAGACUGAAGAAAUUCAACGCGUCACCCACCUGAACUACACCGGUUGGCCAGACCACGGUACACCCUCGCAGCCUGAGCAGCUGUUGAUGUUCAUAUCCUACAUGAGGCACAUCCACCAAUCAGGACCCAUCAUCACGCACUGCAGUGCAGGGAUUGGCCGAUCCGGAACCCUCAUCUGCGUUGAUGUGGUUCUAGGCCUCAUCAGUAAAGAUGCUGAUUUUGAUAUUUCAGAUGUGGUACGUAACAUGAGGCUGCAGAGACAAGGAAUGGUACAAACGGAGGAACAAUACAUCUUCUGCUAUCAAGUCAUCUUAUAUGUGCUCCGAUGUCUUCAAGCUGAGGAGAAAAUCUCAGGAUAGCAACCUUAUUAAAUUCCCAAUGCUGCACACAACAAUGACGGAGACUACACACAGCACAGAACCAAGCAGUGGAUUUACAAACCACUGCUCAAUAAACGCCUUAAAACAGUCUGGGAUUGUGUCCCGAACACAGAUCAAGCCUAGUCUUGGAUUUACUGGUACUUUCAAUAGAGAAUCUCCAUUUAACAUGGUUUUUAGUCCAUGACUAGGUUUGAUCUGUGUCUGGGGAAAGUACAUUCUUGUUUGCUUGACCUCUACCUCUGUAGCUGCUACCCCUUCUCUUAAUGUAUACACAACAAUACAGUUGAUGUUUCUGUCUUACCUACAUGAAAGCAAUGCUUUUUUUUUUUAAUAGACUGGCUUAUGAAAUAUCUGGAAGUUAAUAAAUUCAUAUUUUAAAGAUUUUGAUGCUGGAAGUUGCCUUGACAGAAUACGAGAGUAUUUGCAUUGUAAAUCGUAUUAUAGUAGUUGCUGCCAGUGUUAAAGGAAAUUAGUGUACAUAUUCAUCUUUUGAAAAAUUGCAAUUUGUAAAUAAAAGUGAAAAAAACA